CUCGGCACAGACACCACCAUGUCUGCCCGGCUGACCCUCCCACCCACGUCCCCUGCCCCUGCCGCCGCCGCCGCAAGCUCGAGCAUGUCUCCCCUCGCCUCCACUGCCGGUGCAGCUGGAACCAGGACGCCCGGGACCCGCAAGCCGCUGACGCUCUCGUCGUCGCUGAAGAAGCCCAAGGAGACGCGCGACCCGGGUCCGCCCAAGGCUGGAGCGUUCAAGAAGCGCAAGCCCAAGCCGACCAAGUUUCGCCGAUUCUAUGAGCGUGGCGACCUGCCGAUCGCUGUGGAGCACCGGGCGUUGGGCAACCGCAUCCGCUGGAUGGUGGAGAUCGAGAAGCUCGACUACCACCACUACCUGCCGACCUUCUUUGCCGGCCUCUCCGAGACGCAGGAGCCGUACCGCUUCCUCGCCUACCAGGGUGCCAUCGACCUGCUGGAAAACGGAGGCUCCAAGAUCGUGCCGGUCGUCCCGCAGCUCGUCCUGCCCAUCAAGGCCGCCCUCAACACCCGCGACGAAGAGAUCGUCUGCCGCACCCUCAUCAUGAUCCAGCGGCUCGUCCUCUCCGCGCCCGACGUCGGCGUCGCCCUCACCCCGUACUUCCGCCAAAUACUCCCCAUCAUGGGCUUGUACAAGAACAAGAACCUCAACCUUGGCGACGGCAUCGACUACGGCCAGCGCUUCCGCCGCAACGUCGGCGACCUGGUGGAGGAGACUCUCCAGCUUCUUGAGCUCAACGGUGGCGAGGCUGCGUACAUCAACAUCAACUACAUCAUCCCGACGUACUCGUCGUGCGUCAUGAACUGAUCCGUCCCCCCCCCCCCCUCCUCCCUC